AAUAAUAAUAAUAAUAAUAAUACUGGUUCAUACAUUACCUUACACACAUUGGAUUAACGCAUUCAUUCCGUUGACUAUUUUUCUAAAUAAGUUAAAACUCGAACCACCAUGCUGAAUGAUGACUUUUUCUGGUCCAGCGUUGGUCAGUAUUGCGCAGGUUGGCGAAAACGGCGCUGUUCCUGAAGCGGAGUAGGAGUGUGUGCUCGUGAACGAGUGUGUGUGUGUGUGUGUGUGUGUUGGGGGGGCACGAUGGUUCGGAUCGAGGAAAAGGGAGGAGGAGGGAGGGAGGGAAAGAGAUAAGUGAUCUGAAGGAGAGACGAUAGGACAAAAAAAAAGUGAUGAUGAUGAAUACAUUGGAAAGUUUUUUUGGCCCCGACGCCGGUGUCAGAUUGAAUGGCCUGUGCGCAUGUGCGAAGGUGUCCGAACUGACAAUGCUCGUGAGAUGAAGAUAGUGCUGCUGCCGCUUCUGAGCUCAAGGAGGACGAGAGGAAUCCACAAGCCGACGAGAUGAGAUCCAAAGCGAGGGCGAGAAAACUGGCCAAAAAUGACACAGAGGCAAUAGACAGCAUGUACAAGACAGAGCUGAACCACGCAGCGGGCGAGAGCGCCGAAGAAGAGAUGGAGGACGGCAUCAUGUCCCCGAUCGCCAUGGGCCCUGGCUCCCCGCAGCCAAACAACGAAGACUUCACGCCUAAAGAGGGCUCACCCUACGAGGUGCCCGUGUACAUUCCAGACGACAUUCCCAUCCCCGCCAACCUGGAGCUGCGCGAGUCCUCCGUGCCGGGCGCCGGCCUCGGCAUCUGGGCCAAAACUAGGAUCGGGAUGGGCGAACGCUUUGGACCGUUCCACGGACUGCAGAGCGCCACCGUCAAGGACGCCACUUACGGAUGGGAGCAAAUGCUGAACGAUCACGAGGCGUCCCAGGACAGCUGCAUCAAAAAGGUAGUGGACGACAUGGGCAAUGCAAAGUUCUGUCUGGAUGGAUCUCUGGAGGCUAGCUGGAGCUUGUAUGUACGGACUAUACCAUCCUAUGAGGAGCACAACCUGGAUGUGUGUCAAAUCAGUGAAGAUGAGAUUUAUUAUAAAGCCAUCAGGGAUAUUGAAGCAGGGGAGGAGCUGCUGGCUUCUAUGAAGGACGGAGUUUUCCCGGAGGGCUCGAUGGCACCAAAUCUAGAUGAUGAGCAGAUGUACCGCUGCGAAGACUGCGACGAGCUCUUCACCUCGAAGCUGGAGUUACGGCGGCACCAGAAAUACUCAUGCACCAGUGGCAACUCUAUUUUUGACUCCCUAAAUGAAGAUCUGAAACAGGAGCAGGAUGACAAUGACGAGCCAGUGUACGAGUGCAAAGACUGUGAGAAGGUCUUCCCCAACGAGUACAGUCUUGACCAACAUAUGGUUGUGCAUACGGAGGAGAGGGAGUACAAGUGUGACCAGUGCCCCAAAGCCUUCAACUGGAAGUCUAACCUCAUUCGUCAUCAGAUGUCGCAUGAUAGUGGCAAGCGCUUUGAGUGUGAGAACUGUGAUAAGAUAUUCACAGACCCCAGCAACCUACAGCGCCAUAUUCGCUCCCAGCACGUCGGUGCCCGUGCCCACACCUGCCCUGAGUGUGGCAAGACCUUCGCAACCUCAUCUGGUCUCAAGCAGCACAAGCACAUUCACAGCAGCGUGAAGCCUUUCAUGUGUGAGGUGUGUCACAAGUCCUAUACCCAGUUUUCCAACCUGUGCCGCCACAAGCGGAUGCAUGCAGACUGCCGCACCCAGAUCAAGUGCAAGGACUGCGGGCAAAUGUUCAGCACUACCUCCUCCCUCAAUAAGCACCGGCGCUUCUGUGAGGGCAAGAAUCAUUACAGUCCCGGGGGCAUAUUUAAUCCGGGCAUCCCUAUGACCUCCAGCCCUAUCAUGGGCAAAUCUAAGCCUCAUCCCGGCCUGAAUCACAGUGGGCUCGGCUUCGGGGAUUACUUCCCCUCUCGGUCGCACCACCCGGGCCUGCCGUUCUCCACCGGCCCUCCUGCGUUCCCAUCCCUUUCGCAUGGCUUCACGGGGAUCUUUCCUCCUUCACUCUAUCCCAGACCUCCGUUGUUACCUCCUAGCUCGUUACUGAAGAGUCCAUUUAGUAACAGUCAGGACGGUAAGCUUCCUCAUAGCCCCCUGGAUGCUCCAGCCCUCUCGAUGGUCACAUCUCUCAGCAACACGAAUGGCAAUUCCGGAAGCCAGUCCGACGCCAACCGGGAGUCGAAUCUGUCCGUCUCGGACGGCAAAAACAAGGUGAAAAUGAGCGACAUGUCUGACGGCAGCGACCUGGAGGAUGUCAACACGACCAGUGGCACCGAUCUAGACACCACCACUGGCACAGUUUCCGGUUCCGAUUUGGACAGCGAGGCAGAGAGCGAACGGGAGAAGAGUCGAAGAAAGCACGGCCAGGAAGACAAGCAAGAGGAGGUCAGCAGCAAUGCGGUGUCUGUGUCUAGCUUAGGUAACCACCCUCACGAUCGCUCAUUCCUCUCUCCGCAACAUUCCUUCUUCCCGCCACCUGACGAGCAAGCACUCCCACCCACUGGUGCGGCCACUGACUCUAUCAAAGCCAUCGCUUCCAUUGCCGAAAAGUACUUUGGGACAGGCUUUAUGGGCUUACAAGAAAAGAAAAUGGCUUACCAUUCCAUGUUCCCCUUUCAAUUCUUGCCCAACUUUCCACAUUCCUUGUACCCCUUUACAGAAAGAGCCAUAAACCCUAACAUGUUUCUUAAACCAGAGCCCAAAUCACCUCGAGAGCACAUACAAAAAAUGGCUACCACUACCACUCCUGAGUCACCCUUCGAUCUUACCACCAAGCCCAAGGAGGUAAAACCCUUUAUUCCACCAUCAAUCAAGCCCUCCUUGCCCCCUGGUGGAGUUCUUCCCAGUGGCGAAGAGCAGCCUUUGGAUCUGAGCAUAGGCAGCCGGAGCAGAGCCAGCCAAAACGGCGGAACACCGUACCAGCGGAGGAACCACGUCCAAGCCAACAACUGCAAGACCCUGAUCAAAGAGGAGCAUCCAGUGCUAAACCAGUCUCUCAACCUUCACCAACCCCAGAUGCCGUCGUCCCUGGUGCAGCCUCCGCAUCCUCAGCAGCAGCCCUCGCUUCACUACGCCAAGCCCUCGCCCUUCUUCAUGGAUCCUAUUUACAGCAGGGUGGAGAAAAGGAAGCUGUUAGAUCCUGUAGGAGCACUGAAGGAUAAGUACCUGAGGCCAUCUCCACUGCUCUUCCACCCUCAGGUAUCCGCAAUGGAAAACAUGACCGAGAAGCUGGAGAACUUCGGUGUUUUAAAACUGGAUGCUCCGAAUUCCCUCCAGCACACCUCACAUCACCUCUUUAACUUCCGUUCUCCUCCUCCCUCCCUGUCCGAUGCCAUCCUUCGCAAAGGCAAAGAGCGUUAUUCCUGCAGGUACUGUGGGAAAAUCUUUCCCAGGUCGGCUAAUCUUACCAGGCACUUACGGACACACACAGGAGAACAGCCCUACAGAUGUAAGUACUGUGACCGUUCCUUCAGCAUCUCCUCCAACCUCCAACGACACGUUCGCAACAUCCACAAUAAAGAGAAGCCCUUCAAGUGCCACCUGUGUAACCGCUGCUUCGGUCAGCAGACCAACCUGGACCGCCACUUAAAGAAACAUGAGCAUGAGAAUAUUCCAGUUAGUCAGCAUUCUGGAAUCCUCUCAAAUUUGGGAACAAAUAUCUCCUCUCCAAACUCCGAACCCGACAAUCAAGCACUUUUAGACGAAAAGGAGGAUUCGUAUUUCUCAGAAAUCAGAAACUUCAUCUCUAACAGUGAGCUGAACCAGGCCUGCAGCUCCUCAGAAAAAAGGUCAGAACUUGAGGAAGAGGAGGAUGAGAAUCUGGAGAGCCAUGCCAUUACCAACUCCAAACUUGAAGAGGAGGAGGAAGCGGAGGGAGAUGAUGAAGACGAGGAGGGCUCGCUGACUGAGAAGUCUCAGGAUGGGAUGACGUCUCCCGCCACCAUGGUGCAAGGCACUUAUGAUGACGACGAGGAAUCGGCUCCGCUCUCCAUGACCUUCAAACACCCGCGCAGGUGUAUUGAUGAAGAUGCAGGUCUGUUAGAUCUGGAGCCUCUGCCUGGCUUCCCAAAGGGCCUGGAGCUCCAUAAGCCUGCUGACGAGCCAUUUGAUGUUAAAGAAAUUUUUAACACCUCCUUAGAGUCGGAGGCUCUGAAAGAAACUCUCUUGAGGCAGGCUAAAACCCAGGCUUAUGCAAUGAUGCUCUCACUGUCGGAGAACAACUCCCUGCAUCCAUCCUCCCAGAACUCGCUGGACGCCUGGCUAAACAUUGGAGGAGGUCCUUCAGAAACUAGCUCCUUUCACCCACUCAACCAUAUCUAAGCCAGCCCAGCAAACGGAGAGGGAUCAGAGCGACACAAGGAAAGUCAGAGGGCAUGGGCAGAGUGAUUGUUAAAGACUACCCAGGAGAGAUGUUUGUUACAAAAGGACAUAGUGACCCGUGAUGAUUACAGUAGAUGAACCACCACUUAAUUUAACAGGGAAAACCAGGGGAGCUUAGCGAACUGGACUGUUAACUUAAACAGAGACAUGAACCAGUAGAGCUGUAGAUAACUCCUAUCCAAAACAACUCACCACACCACUUCACAACACCCAAUCUCAAAGCAGCUGGUGAACCUGUUUCUCCUUGGAAGAACUCUUCACAAAUCACCCUUAAUCAUGAUUAUCCAUGAGGUAAUGAGCACUGCAAGACUAUAGGAACAAUACUGCCCUGAGGUGAAUGGACAUGCAGAGGGCUAUCUGACCACAAGUACCCCACUGCCCUGACAAACAGGGGUUAAAUAGUUUAGGUUUAAGCACUCCAAGUUGUCCACUAGAUGCCUCCAAAGACCGUCUGCUCUAAAGCACCCAUACAAUCUAAAAUGUCCGGGCUAUUGUAAUAAACAGCUCAGUUUGGGUACAGUCGUAAGCCCAGUGUUUUGUAAUGUGUGAAAUUAGUUAAUUAUGUUUUAUAAAUUUGACUUAUUUGAAACAAAAAAAUCGCUGCUCACACCCACAGAGACUACAAUACCUAAACAAAAUGUACACAAUUACUAUUAGCCACUGAGCUAAAAACAAACAAGUGGUUGACUGCAAUGGUAAA